AUGUUGAGUAUUAAAAAUGAAAAAGAAAUGAAUGUUGAUAAUCCAUGUUUAGAUGAAUUUUAUGAAUAUUUUUGUCGAACAGUAAAAACUAAUGCACAAAUGUAUGAAGAAGUAUUCAAUACAUUACCUACUAAUCAAAUUAGAAAUUUUGUUGCAACUGGAAACUAUACUGAAAAAUCUAAAUUGAGAGACACUGAUCCAUUAACUGUAUGUUAG